GAUUGCGGACGGAAUUACCACGUGACCUUGACGUCGCGCCCGCGCCGACCGGCCUGAAUCCUUGGGCUUCCGCGGGAUCCUGGUGGUGGUUUAGCCGCUUUACGUUCCGGUUUUGUGCCGUUGGCGGUCUUCUCUGCAGACUCCCUGGGCCUUGCCUCCGACUUCACCAUGUACCACAACAGUAGCCAGAAGCGGCACUGGACUUUUGCUAGUGAGGAGCAGCUGGCGCGAUUGCGGGCCGACGCCAACCGCAAAUUCAAAUGCAAAGCUGUGGCGAACGGGAAGGUUCUUCCAAAUGACCCAGUCUUUCUUGAGCCUCCUGAAGAAAUGACGCUCUGCAAGUAUUAUGAGAAAAGAUUAUUGGAAUUCUGUUCGGUGUUUAAGCCAGCAAUGCCAAGGUCUGUUGUGGGUACAGCUUGUAUGUAUUUCAAGCGCUUUUAUCUUAAUAACUCAGUAAUGGAAUAUCACCCGCGGAUAAUAAUGCUCACUUGUGCAUUUUUGGCCUGUAAAGUGGAUGAAUUCAAUGUGUCUAGUCCACAGUUUGUUGGAAAUCUGCGGGAGAGUCCUCUUGGACAAGAGAAGGCACUCGAACAGAUUUUGGAAUAUGAACUACUACUUAUACAGCAACUUAAUUUCCACCUUAUUGUCCACAAUCCUUAUAGACCCUUUGAGGGCUUUCUCAUUGAUUUAAAGACUCGCUAUCCCAUGUUGGAGAAUCCAGAGAUUUUGAGGAAAACAGCUGAUGACUUUCUUAAUAGAGUUGCACUGACGGAUGCUCACCUGUUAUACACACCUUCCCAGAUUGCUCUGACUGCCAUUUUAUCUAGUGCAUCCAGAGCAGGAAUUACUAUGGAAAGUUAUUUAUCAGAAAGUCUGAUGCUAAAAGAGAACAGAACUUGCUUGUCACAGUUACUAGAUAUAAUGAAAAGUAUGAGGAACUUGGUAAAAAAAUAUGAACCACCCAGACCUGAAGAAGUUGCUGUUCUGAAACAGAAGCUGGAGAGAUGUCACUCUGCUGAGCUUGCACUUAACGUAAUUACGAAAAAGAGGAAAGGUUAUGAAGAUGAUGAUUAUGUCUCAAAGAAAUCCAAACAUGAGGAGGUAUGUUCUCCAAAGGUAAAUUUUAAGUUAUCAUUGCUGUAUAUUCUGGUACAACCAUAAUGUUAGGAUUUUACUGUUCCAGAGUGCAAGCAUUAUAGACAGAGGUGUUGGGUAUUGGAAAGCUUUCAUUUCUUUUUUUGCAUCCUUUAUGUACAUUGUCCAUUAUUAGAGGAAUUUUUCUCACUUCUGUCUUGGCCUGUUCUGAAGCAGUAUAAUAAUUACUUGAUGAAGAAUCCCUCCUAAGGUCAUAGAAGGCGGUAGGGAUAUAUUUUUAGAUCUUCAAGGAUUCUUUUCCUACCUUGUUUAAAAAAAAAAUUGUACCUGGCAAGUCAGAUAACAAUGAAUAAUCAGAGGCAGAAGUUCACAACUGUAACGUUUAUUCCUGUCACUGGACUAGUCUGGUGAGACCAUGCCAUAUUAUUAUAAGGUUAAACUGCUACACAUUUUCCUGGUUUAUUUACCUUUUAUAAUCAGCAUAGCGAAAGGAGAACAUUUUCCUAAAGGGAGGCAAGAAGGUAAACAGUACUGGUUAUGCUUCAGUAUAAUGUUAUCCUUAUAACAUUUUCUUUCCUUCUUAGGAAGAAUGGACUGACGAUGACCUGGUAGAUUCCCUCUAACCAUCCGAAAUUGAUUUGUCAAUGCUAACUACUCAACAGAGGGAUGAAGCAUAUCUGGCAUUUAACUUUAAAAAUGAAGUAAUGUGAAAGCAUCAAAAUAUAUUAAACUUUUCUAUUUAUGUUAUUUAAAAGUUUUUCAGGGUAGCUUUAUGUGAAAUAAAACAUCUUCAAAGGAGCCAGAAUAGCACCUGGUUUGGGUAUUCUUGCCCCACCAUGACUAAUAUCAAAUCAGUCUUUAAAUCAGUCUUUCUGUGGUAGCCAAAUUAAAGCUGUAAUUUAUUUGCCUAUAUUGUUUAUACAAGAUGUCAUUAAGCAAACUUAUCUUUUUCUGAAAAGGCACCACAAAAAACAAAACUUAGUUACUAGUCAGUUUUAAAAGUGCUAAGGAAUGUUGGCUACUAUAGCAUUUAUUCAGUUAUUUAACUGUGAUCUUACUCAGUUCCUAGAGUUGGAACCAAAUUAUGAAGGUCUGUCAGAUUGUUUCUGGAAAAUGGGGUUGAAGGAAUUCUGGGAAACUCAACUGCCCUAAAUCUGAGUUUUACAGAUGCAAACCUCUCCUCAGUGCAUCCCAGGAUGUACUUUUCCAUAAAGUGUAGGUACCUUUUAAUUACAUUUCAGUAUUUGAAGGUAGUAUUUAUGUAUAUCCUUUAAUAAUGCUUUAUAUUUUAGGUUUGCGUUGUUUUAAUUUCCUUCUCACUGAGGAAUAAAAUUCACGAAGUGUGAUUUUAUAAAAGUGGAGGGGAAGAAGCCGAAAUUGACAGUCCUUCACUGCAGUCCCGGUGAAGCAGUGGUCCGAAUUUAUCUUGUUUCUUUUUUAGGUCACUAAAGUUUGGCGUCAGAGCAAUCUCUGAAAAUUUUCCUACCCAGCCCCUUUAAAAAAAAUGUUUAGAGGUUUCAUUUCAUCAUUGACCAGCUAAAAGUUACUCCAAGGCCUACAAAGGUAAAUAAUGACAAGUUUCCUAUUCCAGCUUAAGAGAUAAUAAGCAUGUCAUUAAAAUUUUAAAAAGCAGAGUGUCUUUAGGUUUGUGGGGUUUUUUUUAGAAAUAAAAGGCAGGAGAAGCAGUUCAGAUUGAGAAAUGGCAGGUCAGCAUGGUUAAAACUGAGAUGUGAGUAGUGGGAGAGAACAAAUUGCUGAGCACUAGAAUCUAGACCUUUUUGCAUAUUGCUGAAAUGUUUUCGGAGAUGUCCAUAUCCCUUUUAGUCUAUCCUGGAAGGAGACCAAAUGGCAUACUAUUGUCUAACUGAAAAGCAGAGGGGAAAAUAUGGAAUUGGGUUGACAUCAAGAAAAAGCACCUGGUGUGUGUGUUUGUGUUUUGCUAUCACUGUUCAACUGUGAUCGCAGCUACUUCAGGGCUAGCUACCUCUAUAUAAAUAACAGCAUUUAAUACUUGCAGCUUACUGAGGGUUCACAAAAUUUCUGCAUAGUAUAGUUUUAACACUUUGUUUCUUCCUGUAUUUUAAGCAUUAAAGUGUUGCUCUUAGAACCUAGGCCUUUAGAAAAUUUUUUUUUUUAGUGGGGAAAUGCUUUAGCCAGUACAUCCCUGUCUGGCUCGCCUUGUAUGCCGUCCCUACCCUGCACAGUUAUGGGAGGGAAAGAAUCGUUAACAAAUACAUAAUGGAAUCCUUCAAAAGAGACCAUCAGCCAGAAAAACAUCUCAAGUUUCAUCUCCCUGGGCCUUGCUCUGGUACUAAAUUUGAACUGCCCCUAAAAGGAGGAAGAAAAUAAUGAAAUUAAAUGUUUAGCUAUAUUUAGACAGAAGUAAUCAGAUAUUUAUGAUAUCCCUUGGUUUUAUUUUAACUUAACCCUUGUGAAUACUUCACAAAAAUACACAUAGAGAAGCACAUAAAACUAUACAGUCAAACUAAAUAUCCAGCAGAUACAACAAGUAGUCAGAAGGGCAAAGAUGGAUAGCUGUUCAGUGGCUGAUGAAAUUGUUUGCAUAAUUUAAAAAAUCAACUUGGAAUUAAUGAAUACUUUCAAUGAAAGCAUUCUAGGGUUUUUAAACAUAUAUAAAAGAAAUCGGUAAUCUAUAAAACAGUUGAAUGGGUAACAUGCAUUGAUCAGUACACAGUGACCAAUAAUAUUUAUUGAAUUCAAACUAUUUACUGUUGUAAACAUUUAACAAAAAAGCAUUAUGAGAUCUAAAUACAGUCUUUGACAAUUCGAACAAAAUAAGUGGUAUGUUUAAAAAAUAAAGCUGAUGAGCAAUAGAUCCAUUCUAUAUAUUUUCUUUCAACAGUUCCAGCAAAGAGAAAUAGCAGUUAUUUUAAAAAAGUAUACAGCAAAGAUUGUUCCUAUUGUAAUGGUAAACUCUGGAAACUGUAAAUACAAAUAAAGUCAUUGAACAGUCAAACGGUCAUAUUCCUAAUUCAGGAAGAAGUAACAGUAAGAGCAGUCUGCAAUCCAGUUAUACUCAAUUGUCAACAGAGAAUGCUUUCUUUCAUAGUUCUGUUUCCAAGAGACAGCAAAACUUUGGCAAUUGAAUGUAUUGAAAAUAUAUUUUCCAAGUUCAAGAUACAGUCAUAGCAUUGUGUGAAAGGUGAUCUGUACACCAAGGCUCAGAGGUUGGUAAAGAUUCCAUAUGUGGAAAAAGUGCAAAUAUCCUGCACAGAUAGCUUACAAAGCUGCUGGCGCAGUUACUCACCAGCAGAAUCUCGAGUUUUGUUUGCAUAGUUCACACAUCACUGGAAUGUGGGAAGGUGUGCUAUUUUUUGGCAAGAGCAAAGGAGACAUUAUACUGAUGUGAAUUACCAUGUUGGGCAUGCUGAAUCCAUGCAGAACACUGCGGCGAAGGCUGCUACCUGACAUCAUUAGUUUUCGUAUACUGGUUUUGUUUUUGCUGAAGCAGCUCUGUUAUAGCCAGAAGCUUUUUCAGUACGUGCUAGACAAGGAAAAACAGUAUGAAAAUAAUUAGUAAAUAAAUGAAAGCUUGAUCAAAUCUCAGGGAUGGGAACCUGGAUUUGAAAAAAGCCAUAUAAAUGCAAAGGAAUAAAUAAAAUAUUAUUACCAUUCUACUCAAAAACAUAAAAUUGUAAGUAUGUAUCAUUCAGCCCUUGACUAGGUCAUAUUAUUUUGGUCGAAAUAGAAGAGAAUUUUUGUACACUAAACAGAAACUCGUUUGCGUCUGGCAUUUCAUACCUACUUAGGCCAGAACACUCUGUAGAAUAGAACACCUUACAGAAGAAAGAUUUAUCAUUAUAAAUGACACAUCUUAAGCCCUAUAGGAGCACAUGAGGGCAGUCAGGUUACAGCCUAAUAAUUCUCCAAUAAGAUUUUUUUUUAAUACUUAAAGCAAGUCAGUGUGGCAAGAAGGCAUUGUACAUGCCAAGGGCAUAUAAGGGGGUCCAUGGCACAUAUUCUGCAUAAGUUUCUCAAGUGACUGGAACCUAAAUGAUCCAUGCUGUUAUCUAAACUCGAAAAACCUUGAGAAUUUUAGAAUCUCAGAUUGAGAACUCAGAAUCACCACUCUCAAUGUGUUAAUCUCUUCUAUAAGGUCCUUGCCAAAUGGUUGGCCACUGUGGUGACGGUUCUUAGAAACUGCCAUUUUUGAUAAGCUCUUCUAAGGCCACACUAAACAAUCUCUGGAUCUGGAGCUUAAAAUAUUUACCAAUCUUCCUGAAUAAUUCUCGUGUGUUUGACAGUUUGAAAAGUACUUGGCCAGGCACCAUGUGUAUGACAGAAGAGACAGAAAAAGCCACAUCACUACUGACAUCAGUAGCUCACUUACCAUUUUCAUACAUGCCACUGAAGUGCAUGAACACCACUUUUCAGUAGAGUUCACAUUAACUUAAAAGCAAGAUUUGACAUUUUGCAGUAUGAAAAAUAUGUAAUCUUAGUCUGGGCUCAUUAUUCCUGUUUGCUGAGAUCUUUGUGGAUUAUGAUUCAGAUUCUCAAAAACAAUAUAAUAAGACUAAUUCAGCUAUUUAUCACCUCCCAAAGAAUCCUAUGUUGACAUUCUGCUUAAGUGUGAGGAACAUCAUUGUUAAAAAAGGUUGGCAAAAACCUACCUGCUGUGCACCACGCUCAUUACUGAGCGUUCGCAGUUCAUCUGAAUGGGCCACACAAAUCUCAUGCAAUGCUGCUAAAUCACGGGAAAGGUCAGUUCUAGAAUGCUCUGUAGUGUCCGGAAGUUCAGGUACAUUCUUUAAGGGAAUCAUAAAACUGCAUUUAGAAAUACAACUCUUUAUAAUCUCUUCUGAAAAGAUCCUAACUGGUACAGUAGAUAAAAUUUAACACAUAAUAUUCUCUUAAAAUAUUCUUAAAAUUCAACUUGAUAGAUUUUGUGACCUCAGUAUUCACACAAAACCAAGUUUCAUUUUCUUCAACCACACGGCAGAAUACUGUGCAAUAUUAUUUUUUUAAACUGGAACAUAAAUAAUGCAAGCAUUAACUGCCAAUCUGGAUUAAUGCAACCUAAACUUAAAAUUCCUCCACUCCUUCAGACUGAGUUUCAUUAUUAAACUACUAUAGUUUGUCCAAAUUGAUCAGCAUAUAUAAAUAAGAGCUACAUUACAAAAGCAUUGAUGAGAACCUUUCAGGCCUAUAAUUAUCUGUGGACUCUGCCCAAAACACUUGCUAAUGUGUAGAAAUGAUGUGUUAAUUAUGGUAUCUUUAGAUAAGGUUCAUAAAGUAAAUUAGUGCCAAUACAGUACUACCAACUUGUUAUAGUAACUAAGUAUUGAUUUUAUUUUGAGCACUGGAAUAAAAUUUAACGCGAGUUUAGAUUACCAGUGGUUUUAAGCAAAUCUAUUCCUCUCCCUAAUGGUGACAAUAUUUGCUAUACACUCCUAAAAACUGCAAACACUCAGUUUUCUAUGGUCUAA